GGGUUGCAUAGCGUACAGUCGCAUCGAGCAUUAUUUUUCGUUUGUUGGAUACGUAACGAAACAGAAAAAAACGUGUACAUCAAAUUACACACUUUUUUUAUUCCCCUCUUGUUAUAAAGCUCAAAAUUAAACACCCAAUUUAAACACAUUCUUCGAUGUUCUUUUUUUUUGUUUGUGUUCAAUUUGUUGGCAAUUCAUUGGCACUUCCCGUUGAAUAGAAUGUAGAUGAAUUGCACGGUGAAGCUAAGAAUCCUCAAUAUAGUAAACGAGAAAAGAAAAUAUCCACAAAAAAUGCUUUUGACAUCGAUUUAGUACCGGAAAUGAUUAACAUCACAUUAAGAAAAUAAACGACGACAACGAUUCGUUGGAUUUGGUGACUUAAUCUUGAUUUGUGAUAGUUUUUAAUCCGAUAGCCAACGUUUUAGUUUUUGUUUCCAACUCGGAUAUAUUUUAAUUUGAAUAAAAUUUAAAUCGAAGCAACGCGAAAAAGAGAAGGCUUAAUAUUAGGGAAAAACCAAUUUAAUAAAUCUAUAACGACGACAAUAAUAUUGAUUCUAAACGAAAUAAUAAAGCACAUACACACAUAGAAGAAAAAUGUAUUCUGAUAAAAUGAUCAACCAAAUCUACUAUGAAAAACUCAACAGUCUGAAUGCACGAUAUCGCAUUCAACGGGAUUUGAAAUAUGCGACGGCUCAAUCGAAUUUCCAUCAUCAAAAAUUAUUCGAAGAUACAUCGUCUUCAUCAUUGCUUCGAUCAUCGUACAAUCAACGCCAAGAACAACGAUAUUUAUUGCAGUCACAACUUGAACAAGAGUUACUGCAAAAUCAAAUCCAUCAACGUUACUUGGAACAUCGAUAUUCGGUGCCGCAAACACAACAUCGAAACGAACACGAUAAAUUGCCACCGAACACAACACUGCUGGCAAAAUCACAGCAAAAAUACUCACAAUACAAUCCAUACUAUCACACAUUGGACAAUAGAGUGUUGCCCGCUCAACAGCAAUCAUCGUCGGCAACAACGGUUCACACCGAUCUGAAUAACACUAGCGAUAGAUUUACAAAGCAAAUUAAUUUUAAUUUGAAUAACGUCAAUCACUAUUACAACAGUACAAAACAUUGUACCGAGACUGAUAGAGACGGUGUAGCCGUUGCCGCUGCCGCUGCUGCAACAAACGUGCACUUGUCAUCGAAAUCAAUCGGUUACAAUACAUGCAACAAUAGUACCAUUGCAAGGACAAAGCCUUAUCAAAACAAUAUUUGUAGCGGUAAGAAAUACGACAUAAAUAAUCGCAAUAAUAAUCACGACACAUACAUCGAGUAUCUACAAAAGCCAAUUAAAAUGCAAAGCGCGGAAAUUGUCAUCGAACACACUCAAUUAGUAUUGAAUGUUAAUUCAAACGGCAAUGACAAUACGAAUCCAACAAAUCCAACGCAUCGACCCAAUCACUAUACGCAGAUAUUAGCUGCGUUAGCCGUUUCACUUGGACCAUUAGCGGCUGGACUGGGGAAGGGGUAUUCAAGUCCUGCCAUUGCCAGCCUCCAAGAACUACAAAUUCGAACUCGGGGAAAUUACACAUCAUUCACCAUCACAGAUCAAGAAGCCAGUUGGGUAGCUAGUUUGUCACUUUUAGGUGCUUUGUUCGGCGGUGUUGUAGGUGGUUUCUUUUUGCAAUUUGGCCGUCGCAGACUGUUGACUUUUAUGUCGUUACCGUUUUCAUUAUCAUGGAUUUUGACAGUGUUCGCAACAUCAGUGGUUCCCAUAUUAGUGACAGCGUUCGUCGGUGGUUUUUGUUGUGCAAUUGUGUCCAUGGUGACCCAGGUGUACAUCAGUGAAAUCGCAUCGCCGGAUAUUCGUGGUUUUCUGUCGGCCAUUCAAAAGAUUGCAGGCCAUGUGGGCAUAUUGAUAUCGUUUUCAUUGGGUGCAUAUUUGGAUUGGCGACAAUUGGCAAUGCUAGUCUCGAUUGCACCGAUGCUACUAUUUUUCACCGUGAUUUACAUACCCGAAACGCCAAGCUUCUUGGUUUUAAAUGGUCGUGAUGAUGAAGCUUACAGAUCAUUACAGUGGCUACACGGACCCAAUAAAAACAUUGAGUUGGAAUUGGAAACGAUUCGAUCGAAUAUUCGAGCAGCUAAACCGCGCCAAAAUCCAUUUCCAACACUGCCCGUAGGAAAAAUACUGUCAAAAUCAUCAAUGCAAACAAUUUACACGAACAUCAAAUCGGUACUUAAAAACGUGCGAAUUAUUAAGCCGAUCGGAAUCACUUGUGGUCUUAUGGUGUUUCAACGAUUUACAGGGGCAAAUUCAUUUGGUUUCUAUGCCGUAAAAAUAUUUCGCCAGACAUUUGCUGGUAUGAAUCCACAUGGUGGUGCAAUAGCCGUUAGCUUUGUACAAUUAUUGGCUGCAAUGUUGAGCGGACUGCUGAUCGACACCGUUGGACGUAUUCCAUUGUUGAUAAUCAGCAGUGUAUUUAUGUCGUUAGCUCUUGCAUCAUUCGGAUCAUACGUGUACUAUGAACAAUCAAAUAAAUUAAUUGCAAGCACCAAUUUUGAUAUGGAAGCAGUCAAUACUGAUUGGAUACCAUUGUUGUGCGUGCUUGUAUUCACCAUUGCGUUUUCAUUAGGUAUUUCACCGAUAUCAUCGUUGCUAGUUGGUGAACUAUUUCCACUUGAAUAUCGUGGCAUUGGCAGCAGCAUAGCGACCAGUUUUAGUUAUUUCUGUGCAUUCAUAAGUGUCAAAACGUUUAUCGACUUUCAGGAGUUAUUCGGAUUGCAUGGUGCAUUUUGGCUAUAUGCGGGCAUCUCGUGCUGUGGCCUAUUUUUCGUUGUGAUGUGUGUGCCAGAAACGAAAGGAAGAGAUCUUGAUGAAAUGGAUCCAAAAUACGAACGAACAAUGACAAUAAAUCGAUGAGAUAUGGGAACUCACGUAGAAUAUUUAGUGUAGUAUUUUGUAGAAUCAUUUAAUUUUUCUAGUUUUAUCUCUGGUGCACAAUGUGUGUGUGUUUUUUUUUUGUAUGUUUGCAAUUGUAAUCGCGUCAUCAUCGUUGUGAAUGCGUUCGCUCGUAUGUAUGUGUAAAAAUAUUGAAUAUGAUAUGACGUUUGUGUUGUAUCCAUGCGCUGCUUUUUUUUCUAUUUUGACGUCAGAGUAUCUCUUUUUUUAAAUGCACACAAAAAAAGAAACAAAUAAUUCAUUUGUCUGUUUAAAUACAUGUACUAAACUCGGAAGUAUUAGCUUAAUUAUUAUUUUAUACGCAACGCACACAUACGCAUUAAGUAUUUUUUUUUGUUCGUUUAAUUUACAUAGGAAAGCUUUUCGCUAUAGGGAUAUUAAGUAGUUUUUAACAGUCUAAAAAAAAUCAAACUCAACCAAUUUGUGAAAUAGUAGGGAUAAUAUAUCAUAUCGACGACAAGCAUCAUGACGAUGUAACACAAGCCAAUGUGAUGAUAAGCAAGAAGUAUUUAUGAUUACCAUUUUCGAUCACAUCAUAUCAAAACAAAACAAAAAUUGAAAUACACACAUACACAACACAAUCACAAAAAGAAGACGAUACAACUAAAUAAUUAUGCGGCAUUAAAUCGUUGAACGAUUUCAUAUAUACAUAUUUAGAUAUAUAUUCAAUGAAUGGUGCACAUUUUAUCGGUCAUAGUUUUUUGAU